AUGGCUACUCCUUCCAGCGAUGCUGGCUUCAUGAUGUCGGAUGGCCCCUCAAGGGCUGCUGCAACCCCUAGACGCAACUAUGGCGUCCCCUCGUCUUCCGCCUCACGUCCGCGGGGGCCUCCUUCAGAGAACAUGGGAGGAGCACCCAGUGAUGAAGAGGGCGAUGGCUUCGCAGACGAUCAAGUUCCUCGCGGCCUAAGAAUCAAUAAUACUGCUGAAAUCAGUCGUGUGGAGGACAGAAUUGGCCUGCUGGUACAGGAACACUUUGAGUCCUUCAUCGAGAACUUCCAAGAGGAUCCCAUCAGCGCUCCCACACCGAGUGCCCCAACACCCAGCGCAGUCACUACAGACAAGUACUAUGUUGCCCAGAUCGCGGGCAUGCGCACAUACUCCCUCUCGACAUUCUACGUCGACUACAGACAUUUGGCUGCGUAUGAAAAUGGAAGUUUGGCAGAUGGUGUGAUGCGCCAGUACUACCGCUUUCUCCCCUUCCUCACCGCCGCCUUGCACAACAUGAUCGCCAAGUACCAGCCAGAGUACUUUCGUGAGCAUCGCCAGCCCACCACUUCGAGCAACAUCACUACCUCAGCAGCCAGCCAUUUUGGCUCAUCUGGCCAGACCGAGUCGACGCACCGCAAGAAUGAGCAUCAGCAAACCGACAAGCUCUUUUCGAUCGCUUUCUACAACCUGCCUCUAGUCUCCAGAGUCCGUGCUCUCCGAGCCACCAACAUUGGCCAGCUCCUUUCCAUCUCUGGAACCGUCACCCGAACAUCAGAAGUCCGACCCGAGCUGUCCAUGGCCACAUUCAAUUGUGAGGCCUGCCGUACAGUUGUGCCAAACGUCGAGCAGACCUUCCGAUACACUGAACCUACACAAUGUCCCAACUCUACAUGCCAAAACCGUGUGGCUUGGCAGCUCGACAUUCGACGUAGCACUUUUGUUGAUUGGCAAAAAGUACGAAUUCAGGAGAACAGUUCCGAAAUCCCUACGGGCAGCAUGCCUCGAACCAUGGACGUCAUUCUACGAGGUGAAAUUGUCGAUCGAGCCAAGGCUGGAGAGAAGUGUAUCUUUACUGGUGCUUUGAUCGUUGUCCCUGAUGUCAGCCAACUUGGUCUUCCUGGACUGCGGCCGACCGCUAUUCGCGAUGAUCGCAAUGCACCCAGAGGAGGUGAUGCUGGUGGAACUGGAAUUAGUGGCCUCAAGGCUCUUGGUGUGCGUGACUUGACGUAUCGACUUGCAUUCCUUGCUUGCAUGGUGAACCCGGACACCGCGGCAAGUGGCCAGUCUGCUGCUAGUAGCGCAGCUGAUGUUGUUAAUGCCUUGACAACGAACACGGCCAACGACAUUGAUCAAUCCGUGGAAGAUGCCCAGGCCGCUGUUCUGGCAUCCAUGAACCCAUCUGAAAUUGAUGACCUUCGAGCCAUGGUGCACGGAGAUCACAUCUAUUCACGACUUGUCCAAUCUAUUGCCCCCAUGGUCUAUGGCCACGAAGUUGUCAAGAAGGGUCUGCUUCUUCAACUUAUGUCAGGUGUUCAUAAGAGCACUGCUGAAGGCAUGCAGCUUCGAGGUGAUAUCAACAUUUGUAUCGUUGGUGAUCCAUCUACCUCCAAGUCGCAGUUCCUCAAGUACGUCUGCUCCUUUGCACCCCGUGCUGUCUACACCAGUGGUAAGGCUUCAUCUGCCGCUGGUCUUACUGCUGCAGUGGUCAAGGAUGAGGAGACAGGCGAGUUUACCAUUGAGGCCGGUGCCCUCAUGCUGGCAGAUAACGGUGUUUGCGCCAUUGAUGAGUUUGACAAGAUGGACAUUGCCGAUCAAGUCGCUAUCCACGAAGCUAUGGAACAGCAGACCAUUUCCAUCGCAAAGGCCGGUAUCCAAGCCACUCUCAAUGCUCGAACAAGUAUUCUUGCUGCUGCAAACCCUGUCGGUGGUCGGUAUAACCGCAAGACGACUCUCCGCGCUAACAUCAACAUGUCUGCACCUAUCAUGUCUCGUUUUGAUCUCUUCUUUGUUGUUCUAGAUGAGUGCAAUGAGCAGGUUGACCGUCACUUGGCAGAGCACAUUGUCGGUAUCCACCAACUGCGCGAUGAGGCCGUGGAGCCCGAGUUCAGCACAGAACAGCUCCAACGAUACAUCCGCUUCGCCAAGACUUUCCGACCCGAGUUUACUGAUGAGGCCAAGGAAGUUCUCGUGGAGAAGUACAAGGAGCUUCGGGCUGAUGACGCCCAGGGAGGCGUUGGAAAGAACUCUUAUCGAAUCACCGUGCGUCAGCUGGAGAGUAUGAUUCGUCUCUCGGAAGCCAUUGCCAAGGUCAACUGUGUCGAGGAGAUUAGUAUUGAUAUGGUUGUGGAAGCCUAUAACCUUCUGCGCCAGAGUAUCAUCUCGGUCGAACACGAUGAUGUUGAAGUCUACGAUGAAGAGCCUAUUGAGGAUAGCGAGACACUCCUCCGCGCUGCAGAUGCAGCUCAUGGCCGUGACCAGGAGGGCGAUGCGGUAAUGGAGGAGGAUGAGCAACCUGGCCGCAGCAGCGUUGCACCUGAGAGGAAGAAACAAACAAUCACUUAUGACAACUAUGUCAAGAUGGUCAACAUGUUUGUGCAGCGCAUAUAUGAAGGCGAGGCCGCCAAUGCGGAAGGUAUCGCUGGCGAGGACCUAGUCAACUGGUACCUGGAGCAGAAGGAGGAUGAGCUCGAGGGCGAGGAAGACUACCAUCGCGAAAAGGCCCUGGCUAACAUGGUGCUCAAGAAGAUGGUCAAGGACAACUAUCUCAUGGCUCUUCGUGGCGAGGGUCUUGACGGCGAAGCAAGCUCAGCAUCUGAACAGAUUGUCUAUAUUGUGCACCCCAAUUGUUCCGUGGAGGAGCACUAG